AGAUCCCUGCUUUGUAAAUCAUUAUUGCUGGCUGACAGGUGAAGAAGCUAUGUUAAGAUCAAACUCCUUGAUGUGCAUUAGCCAGAGAUGAAAAAGCAGGUUGAUCUAUCACGACUGUCCCCCGAAGAGAGAUGGAGGGUUGAGCAUGCUCGGAUGCACGCCAAGCACCGUGGCCACGAGGCCAUGCAUGCCGAAAUGGUCCUCAUCCUCAUUGCCACGCUAGUGGUUGCACAGCUCCUCUUGGUACAGUGGAAACAGAGACAUCCUCGCUCCUACAAUAUGGUGACCCUCUUCCAGAUGUGGGUUGUUCCCCUUUAUUUCACAGCGAAGCUGCACUGGUGGCGAUUCCUGGUGAUCUGGGUUCUCUUCUCUGCUGUCACAGCCUUUGUCACUUUCAGAGCAACUCGUAAACCUCUUGUGCAGACAACUCCGAGGCUGGUCUAUAAAUGGUUUCUGCUGAUAUACAAGAUCAGCUAUGCCACUGGAAUUGUUGGGUACAUGGCUGUAAUGUUCACUCUUUUUGGUCUUAACUUGUUAUUCAGAAUCAAACCCGAAGAUGCAAUGGAUUUUGGUGUUUCCCUCCUAUUCUACGGCCUUUAUUACGGAGUACUUGAGAGGGACUUUGCUGAAAUGUGUGCGGAUUACAUGGCAUCAACUAUAGGGUUCUUGUCUUGUGUUGUCCCCUCCCACCAUCCUAUUCAGUUUUACAGCGCAUCGGGAAUGCCAACAAAGCACCUUUCUGACAGCGUCUGCGCCGUGUGUGGCCAACAGAUCUUUGUAGAUGUUAACGAAGAAGGGAUCAUAGAGAACACAUACAGGCUUUCCUGCAAUCAUGUAUUCCAUGAGUUCUGCAUCCGAGGCUGGUGUAUCGUUGGGAAGAAACAGACGUGUCCAUACUGCAAAGAGAAGGUGGAUCUCAAGAGAAUGUUUAGUAACCCCUGGGAAAGGCCUCACGUCAUGUACGGGCAGCUGCUCGACUGGCUACGCUAUCUGGUGGCCUGGCAACCCGUUAUCAUUGGACUGGUACAAGGUAUCAACUACAUCCUGGGGCUGGAAUAAAUCCUGAGCGGCCAGCGAGCUGUGGACAUCACAGCAGGACUUCGACAGCAGUGGUGGAGGGCAGCAGCUGGCCAGGAAGGCUUGCUUGUAUCAUUCACCUCUCAGAAUCUUCCACGCCCACAACACAUCUCCGGGGACUAAGGGAAAGACUUGGCACUGGCCAGCUCCCAGCAAAACGGGUUUAUGCUGGGGUGGGGGAACGGUAUUCUUUUUUAAAACAAUUAUUUUAAUGAGCAUAUUUAAAACUUUAUAUUGCAGAUUAAAAAGGAAAUUAAUGUUUGUCCCACUUCCCUCCAACCACCUCUCCACUGAGUUGUCUUAUUCCCCUAGAACAAAGAAAGCCAAGCUGGUUUUGGAAGCUAGCAGAGACCUCUCUCAGAAACCCACGGCAGCUUGCUAGGUACCUUCCCACCUCCUCUGGCUAAAUCAGAUCUCUCACCACUUGCUCUAGUCUCUUCUUCACAGCAGUUGCCAGCGACUCUGCUGUAAGCUGGUGGCAGAGGGCUCCUGUGGCCCUUGAUCGCUGGAAAAGCCACCUGGAUUCCCCCGUAGUCAGGGCAGGAUUCUGAAAGAGUAAAUGCAGUUAACCAGAGAAAAGGCGCCUGCUGCGAGCGAAGCUCAGAACUGUGCUGUUGGAGGCAUGAGACCUAGGCCUUAACAACUCAUGCCCUGUCAAAUGCAUCUACAUGCAGAACGACCUAGGAAUCCACCUGUAGUUAGCGCUGCCCAGGAGAACAGAUGCAGAGCGCUGGGCCCAUGACUAAGGGGCUCACUGCAAACGUGGAAUGCAGUCAGGUAGCCGACUACAGCGAAGGAGGGUAACGUCACAGCCUGCAUUGUAUGUUCAGUGCACAAGGGAGAGACUACACCUGGGGCGUGCACCUGCCUCCAGUGCACAACACUAAGGGAAGAAGGAGGGCGUACUCACCUCCCGACCUGGCGAGCCAGGAACUAAACUGAGGAACCCGCAUGUCUGACCUCUGUUAUGGACACAGUCUAGGGGGCAAGCCACAUCUGUCUGCACUCUUCCAUUUUUUGGAACGUUCAGGCUGUCACAUUUUUCGAUGGCAGUGUAUUUUCUACCCGCUGCGGAGACCUGGCCCGGUUUGGAUUGCCCCCCUCGUCUCCUACUGUCAUCCCAAAAAGGGGAUGGCUGCUCGGGUUUGUUUGCUUUUCCCAACAGCUCAGAACAGACAAACCUACUUAAGGGAUAAGUGUCAAAUUGUCUCAUUUUUUGAGCUUUCCCUGAAUGAGGCUGGAGGGGAAAACCUAUUUGAUGUGUUGAAAUCCAAACAUCCUACCAAAGAGCGUUUAAAGAGAUGUUCUCCUCUUCUUUAGGAGGACAGCAGAACCUUGUUUCAGGCUGCCAGGGGCGCCCACUAGGGGCAACUGCCUUUUACUAUUUGGCAAGUUUAAUAAAAGGCUUUAUCGAUAUGUUCUGUUCACAUAAGGCCAGAUGAUGACUCUUCUUCACUAGCUAACUCAGCAGUCCCAUUGAAUUCAAGGGAACCCUUUGUGGUGUAAUGCACUACACAUCUUGAGUCAGGGGGUCAGAAUUGGGCCCUGACUGACAAGUUUCACUUUACCAGCAUGUUGUGACGCGUGAGUUACAGAUUGUAAAAGCAGCAGUGUCUUAGUAACAGGAGACCUUGCUGCAAGCGUUGACUCAGUCUCAGACGGGGAUGAGGUGGCCACUCCUUGUGCAUGGCACACAGUGAGUGAACUUCGACUGAAGCUUGCCUUACGGCAUAGAGAUGAGCUCAUGAUUUAAAGUGACAUUUUCAGGAAACACAGUUCAAGCAUCUUCCUGCCACAUUGACUUUCUGUGAAAGCCUGGGCAUGCUCAGUGCGCAGCCCAGGAGUUGUGUUUGGUGGGCUUUCAUGUUAACUUCCCCAGUACAUGAAUACGCUUGCAAGGUAUACCAACAAAUCUGAUGUCUGCUGGGAAAAAAGCUACAUACAUUAUUUGUGGUCGUUACAAUCCCUGUCCCUCUCUUUAAAUUCUAUAAAGAAAUAGUUAACGUUGUCGCCAAGUGUAUGAAUAAUAAGGAACAAAGGAGCUGGGUGCAGCAAUCUGAUUGCAAUACAGCCGCAGGAAUGCUCUACAGAGGGAUCUGCUAGAUCUGUGGGGCCAGGUCUUUGGAAGCAUCUCUGGAACAAAAACUUUGACAUAUGUUGGAGAAUAGGGACGUGGACAGCAGUCCUUGGAUGUAUCCCAUCUGCCUAUGCUCCACAGCCCAACUUUGCAGUUCUCAAGGCAGCAUGUGACCGGUUGUGGCAACGUGAGGUCCUGGCUUAUUAUGGUUGUUUAAGGCUCUGUGAAUGAGCUCUGCCAUCUUCCACUUCGUUUUUACCGUGACACAUUUGCAAAGUGUUGAUGCUCGCAAGCAUGUCUUUCAGUGACCAGAGAGUUAGGAAGUCAAUCAUCCAGGCCUGUGGAGGGCUGCACAUCUUUCUGUACUAGGUGGCUCUCAGUAGAUAGCACAAUGUUCUGAUUGAUCAAUGGUUCUUUGCCACAUGGUUCCCCAGGCUAAUAAUCAUUCCCAUAAGCCUGGCAGUGUCAGGAGAAGCGAAGGAUGGUGCCGAAGGACUGAGGUACAUUGGCAGAUCUAGGCGGAGGUCCCAGGAUCAGCAGAAGCAUGGGCAGGCACAAGGGUUAUUGAGGUGCAUGGGCAGGGUUCUUGGGGAGAAUGUUCUACUCAGACCACUGUUACUCCUUCGUGGACGCUAAGUUAAUUCCAGAUUGGUUCUUAUUGUUACAUGGGCUGCAUAUUUAACUUACUCCAUGCACAUACUGUAUAUAUCAGUAGAGCACUUCCACAGAUGUUUGUUCUAACAGACAUACUGUGGGGUUUUUAAAACAAAAUAGUUUCUAAAUCUGCCCAUUGAACAUGGAUGUAUUGUUACUUCUGGGGGCAGGGAAACCAGAUGAGUUCAAAUUGGGGUGAGCAAAAUUUGUGUCUGUCAGUGACUGUCAGACCUUACGGUGUGGAAAGAAGGGAAGUCCGGGAGCGCUGAAGCAGAUCUCCCUCUGAACAAAAGCCAUGUUUUUCCCCAACCUCUUGGUGAGUGCUCUGAAGCAACGUUAACUGUAUCUUUUAUGUGCUCUGGAAGAAAUCAGACCUGACUGUAACCCUAUUCACCUUUGAUUCGAGGUUUUAUUUAUUUUUAUUUUUUAAAGUAAAAUCUCAACCCUGGAAAUUCUGUGCCAAAAACCAAAAUAGAGUCCUUGAUAGUGA